GCGAGACCCCGGCCGCGGACAGUCAGCGCUGGCAGGAUGCCCACCCCCAACACCUCGGCGCCGGCCGCCAAGGGCUUCCGCAGGGCAGUGUCCGAGCUGGAUCCCAGACAGGCGGAGGCCAUCAUGUCCCCGAGGUUCAUCGGCAGGCGGCAGAGCCUCAUCGAAGACGCUCGCAAGGAAAGGGAGGCGGCUGUGGCGGCGGCGGCUGCGGAAGCCUCCGGGGACCCCCUGGACGCCAUUGUCUUUGAGGAGAAGGACGGGAGGGCCCUCCUCAACCUCUUCUUCACCCUGAAGACGGCCAAGUCCACGCCGCUGUCCCGGGCCCUGAAGGUGUUCGAGACGUUCGAAGCCAAAAUCCACCACCUGGAGACGAGGACCAACAGGAAGCCGAAGGAGGGCGCGUCCGAGCUCGAAUACUUCGUGCGCUGCGAAGUCCACAGCGGCGACCUGGGCACCUUGGUCAGCUCCAUCCGGAGGGUGUGUGAUGAAGUGCGCAGUACCAAGGAGGACAAGUUUCACUGGUUUCCCAGAAAGAUCUCAGAACUGGACAAGUGCCACCACCUGGUCACCAAGUUUGACCCUGACCUGGACCUGGACCACCCGGGCUUUUCCGACCAGGCCUAUCGCCAGCGGAGGAAGAUGAUAGCGGAAAUCGCCUUCCAGUACAAGCACGGAGAGCCCAUCCCCCGAGUGGAGUACACGGCCGAGGAGAUCGCCACCUGGAGAGAGGUCUACACCACCCUGAAGAGCCUGUACCCCACCCACGCUUGCCGGGAGCACCUGGAAGCCUUCCAGCUGCUGGAAAGGUUCAGCGGCUACAGCGAGAACAGCAUCCCCCAGCUGGAGGACGUGUCCCGCUUUCUGAAGGAGAGGACGGGCUUCCAGCUGCGGCCGGUGGCCGGCCUGCUCUCGGCCCGAGACUUCCUGUCCAGCCUGGCCUUCAGGGUGUUCCAAUGUACCCAGUACAUCCGGCACGCCUCCUCGCCCAUGCAUUCCCCGGAGCCGGACUGCUGCCAUGAGCUGCUGGGACACGUGCCCAUGCUGGCAGACAGGACUUUUGCCCAGUUCUCCCAGGACAUCGGCCUCGCCUCCCUUGGCGCCACGGACGAGGAGAUCGAGAAGCUGGCCACGCUCUACUGGUUCACUGUGGAAUUCGGGCUCUGCAAACAGAACGGAGCCAUCAAGGCGUACGGGGCCGGCCUCCUGUCCUCCUAUGGGGAGCUCAUUCACUCGCUGUCCGAGGAGCCCGAGGUCCGCGAGUUCGACCCCGACGCCGCCGCCGUGCAGCCGUACCAGGACCAGACCUACCAGUCCGUGUACUUCGUGUCCGAGAGCUUCAGCGACGCCAAAGACAAGCUCCGGGGCUACGCCAGCCGAAUCCGGCGUCCCUUCUGCGUGAAGUUCGACCCGUACACGCUGGGCAUCGAGGUCCUGGACAGCCCCCAGAAGAUCCGGCACUCGCUGCAGGGCGUCCAGGACGAGCUUCACCUGCUGGCCCACGCCCUCAACGCCAUGAGCUAAUGGCCCUCCCGGCCCUCAGCCCCUCGUCCCCUCUCUCCCCCACCCCCGUCUCCCAGCCCCCGUCCCGGAGCGUCCCCGUCCCCAGGCUUGGCGUCCAGGAAGCGGGGGCAGAUGGCGCGGGCCGUCAGGGAGCUGGCCGCCGGCCCCACCUCGGACUUCGGGCCCGCAGACCGCAUCCUUUCUGGGCCUCAGUUUCCUUGUCUGGAAAAUGAAGACCCUCGCCCUGGCCCCGCGCGGCCCGGGGCUGUUCCCGGGAAAGCGAGAUUCCGAGCCGGGCGGCCCUUGUGCCCAGGGGACCCAGUGGAGAGGUCCCCCGAAGUCUCCUGGGCGCCUCCCUGGCUAGCGCAGCGCGCUGCCCCCCAAGGAGCGGAGAAGGCUUCCUGGGGGCCGGGGGCUCGGCAGAGCCUCUCCUUGGCCCCGCCCUCAGCCCCUCCCCAACGUCCCUGGGAGCCGCGGGCCUCUCCCUCCCUGGCCCCCCUCCCCCUCCUCGCUUUGGUUAAUCCUCAGUCCCCGGGGUUCUCGGGCGCAUGGGGGGUGGGGGGUCCCCGUGGUCCUUGCUGCUGCUGCUGUGUGUGGCCUGUGCAUCUGUCUUGGUUUUCCUUGGGUCCAAAGCGCCCCGCUUAAGUAGGUUCCGGGUCUAGAGCCGCCGCUUCUGCCCUCGGGGGGUGGGGGCCCCUGCAUGACCGACCCCGACAAUAAAGGACACUAGUUCUCGGCA